AUGAUGUUCUCCGCCGGAAUCGAUUUGUUUAUAGCUACGGACCUAUACAAUGCGACUGACGAGGAGCUGCGCUACGCCUUCAAUAUCGGCCUCGAUCUGGUCAUACUCAACGCAUUUGCAUACUCAUUUGAAAUCUUCUGCUUAACCUCGUCAAUAGUUUUGAUAAUAACCUACUUGAUUGUUUCCAAAAUGAAUCGACGUUUUCACUCAAUUCUCAGAAUCCUCAUGAACGCUAUGUGCCUUGGCAUGCUAUUCAACUCCUGCUUUCGAAUAUUCGUGGCACCGGUACGAUUAUUUUUAGGUCGUGGAUACAAAAUACCGUGGGUUCAGAAGGUUGAUGAACUGUGUCAAGUCGCUCAGCUGAUUGCUAUUCUCCAAAUCGACACAGCUUCAUUUCUGAUCUCUGUUGAGCGUCUCAUAGCUACGAUGUUCAUACGACGUUACGAGCAUAUGUUCACCUCGAUCGAGCACAGACUCAUAUUCACCACCGUUUUAAUUUUUACUUUAUAUGGAGCAUCAUUCUACUUGUAUAUAGCUCGAGGUGAUGUAUUCGUUGAAGCAAAUCAAAUAACAAUGAUGGUUAUGUCAUAUGUGAUGAUGGCAACUAACAUAACUGGAUUAGUGCUACUUCGAAUAACCCAGCUACUGUCGAAACGUCAUCUGACCAGCCCUGAUCGGGCACUCUCAAUGUCUUUCCAGUGCAAGGAGAAUUUGCGGGUGGUCCAACUGAUAUCACCGCUGUGCAUAUUGCUCUUCUUUACACGCCUCUGUCAAUUUGGUUUUCGACUGUACGUCUACUAUGUGGGUAUCGGUUGGGGAGCUUUCUGUCUACGCUUAUUAGCCCAUAUGUACAACCUGUCUCUGGCUCUGAGCGUUUUCCUGACGCCUCUGCUACUUAUUAUCCUACAACCACAACUGCUUGCUAUCUUCUACAAAAGAGACUCUCGGAAGUUGAGUGUCUGUCAAGAGGACCACAACAAGAACACCGCCAUGUAUUUUGAAGAUCUGAAGAAGACGUGGGAACAAUGA